AUGACGUAUGCAACUAUAAUCAAUUCCUCAACAACCAGUUCUCCGGCUGCUUGCCGUGGGAGAUCGGGAACCGAACCCCGACCAGGAUAUUCGACGCCCGAGAUAACAGGCUCACCGGUCCAAUCCCUCACUCCUUGUGCUUGUUGGAGAUUACAUAAAAAUUUGGCGAGGAACCAACUGUACGACGCCAUUCCGGAGCGCGUUUGCCAGCUGCCGAAGCUCGCCAAUCUGUCGGUUUCUUCCACUUACCCAGGGGGACGCGUGCUGGGAUCUCAUCAAGAAAAGGGUUUUGGAUGUCCGUCACAACUGUAUUUUGGAUCUCCCAAGGCAGAUAUCGUCGGCGGAAUGUGGAAUGUUCUUCACCAACAAGCACACUUGCCCCAACGAGAAACGUUAGUGAGCUAUGUCCCCCGUAAGAAUGGCUUCACCUGCGGGAAGAAUUCCCACCAACAAUCGACGUGGUUUUGGGAGUAUUUCGCCGGCAAGGAAGCAUAA